CCAGAGGACAAGGCCAGCAGAGGAUAAGGCAGAGGCGGAGGCAGCAAAGAGCAAAAGGGUAGAAGGUAAAUGGAGAAAUAUUUCGGGAACGCGUAUCGGGGCGAUCCGGGCGUGCCGCACACGGAUCCGGAACGAUUCGUGAACAUAUGGAUCGGAUCCUUCGUCUUCUCCGCCCUCACCUGGAACAACCCUUACAUGUGGCAGCUGUCCAACCAGUUCAACUGGCAUGAUAAGGCCAUGAUGUUCGAGCAUUACCAUUGGAAGAAAGCCGUGGAGAAGAAGGAGCCCCACCAGUUCAAGUGGAACCAGAUGAGUAAGCCCGUGCGUGACUCGUACUACUUCAACUGGCCAGUUUACUUCCCAUAGAACGCUGAAGAAUGGCGCUGAUACAUAUUUUUUUCCGAGUCUAAUUGUGAUCCUUGUGAGCAACAAUUGACAUAACGUUCAGUUGCUAGAUGCUUGUGCUCAUAGUUGUAGGCUUUAUCAUGAACGUUAUCUGUUGACGUUCUUCAAGUUAAAUGUUUGUUGUCGAAGUCUAUUGAAGUAGCAGCCAAAACAUCUCAACUGUGUGAAUCUCAUCUAUUGUUAAUCUUAUUCUAUGUUAUUUAAGUCUCAACUGCG